CAGGAACGGUGAGCUCCCGGGACCACAAUGCCCUGAGAACGCAGCCGGGACGCUGAGACCCGGGGAUCCGGUAGCUGAAUGAGAUUCGCACGGACUGCCGGCUAGUCUGAAAUCUUGCAUCCCUCCCAACAGCCUGGAGUCACGAGACAGGGGACGGGAUCUCAGAACUCUGGCCCUGGGCACGCAGGGACGGUAUCGCUGUUCCUGGUGCUGAAACGCUGCGGUCGCGGAAGGGAGAGGCCGCCUGCUCUCAGGGUACCGUGCCGCAGCAGCUGCGGGAGCUGUCCAGUGCUGAACCGGAUGCGGCCGGCCCGCGGGGCUUAGACCCGAGCCUGCUGCACCCCUAGGAGACCGGACGGAGCUGACGCAGAGCGCUGGGAGAGCGGGGAACAGCGGGCUCCAAGCCGGGCAUGGACCUGCAGAGACUCGACUCCUACCAAGGGGGAGCCGGCCCUGACUUCCAUGAGCACGUCCUGCAUAAGACCAUCCUGGUGGGGGACAGCGGCGUGGGGAAGACCUCCCUGCUGGUUCAGUUCGACCAGGGCAAGUUCAUCCCAGGCUCCUUCUCGGCCACCGUGGGCAUCGGAUUCACAGUGAUGCUUCUGGGAGACUCGGGCGUCGGCAAAACCUGUUUCCUCAUCCGAUUCAGAGACGGGGCCUUCCUGUCCGGGACCUUCAUAGCCACCGUCGGCAUAGACUUCAGGAACAAAGUGGUGACCGUGGAUGGUGUGAGAGUGAAACUGCAGAUCUGGGACACGGCAGGGCAGGAGCGGUUCCGCAGUGUGACCCAUGCUUAUUACCGAGACGCCCAGGCCUUGCUCCUGCUGUACGACAUCACCAACAAAUCUUCCUUCGACAACAUCCGGGCUUGGCUCACUGAGAUUCACGAGUAUGCCCAGAGGGAUGUGGUGGUCAUGCUUCUGGGCAACAAGGCAGAUGUGAGCAGUGAAAGGGUGAUCCGCUCAGAGGAUGGAGAGAUGCUGGCCAGGGAAUAUGGAGUUCCCUUCAUGGAGACCAGCGCCAAGACGGGCAUGAAUGUGGAGCUAGCCUUUCUGGCCAUUGCCAAGGAGCUGAAAUACAGAGCCAGGCGGCAGGCCGAUGAGCCCAGCUUCCAGAUCCGAGACUACGUGGAGUCCCAGAAGAAGCGGCCCAGCUGCUGCUCCUUCCUGUGAAUCCCAAGGGUCUGAGAGGAAGCUCCAGAGGCCCCCGAGGAUGCAGCCAUCCUCCCCCCACCCCCCCAGACCUGGCUUCUUCUGAGCAGCUGAACCAGCGGGGAGAGAGCUUGGGGACCACUGCACAGCCCCUCCGGACUCCUGCCCCUCCCCUAACUCCUGGAGCUUCCCUGCGUCCGCAGGGGGGGCAAAAUAUUUAUCUUUCAUUUUAAUAAUACAUAACUUAAUCAAAAGGGGACCAGAAAAACCGAGCCAGAGAGCUGGUGGUGGUCCUUUGGCCUUCUAUUACUAGGACUUAGGAGCCUGGGCCACCCUCCUGACCACCAUGAGGGUGGUAUUGCUCCAGCUCAGCACCAGGGGGCACUGAUGCACUUCUGGGACAUAAGGGCAAGUAGUGACACCACCCCCCCACCCCAAUCCUUCAGCUGGCCAGCGGCUGAGCAAACCCAGGCCUUCAUUUCCUCCAGCUCCCCAGAGAGCAAUCUUCUCCAAUAAAACAGAGCCCUUGUGCUGGGAGUCAGACCAAAGCCUCUGGAAGAUAAGAGAUGUGGAGAUUAGGCCAGGGACCUGGCUCCCUGUGGGGAGAUCGGAGAGGAGCAGCAGAGAUUACGUCUAUCUGUUUGGCUACCUCUGGGCUUACUGGCCCCCCUUCUGGGAGGUGUACCCCUUUUCCUCCAGCCCACAAAUACAUGAAAGCACCUGGAAACACCUGGUUCCUGUUCUCUGAACUUCAGAUCCCAGAGGAGCCCCUCCUCCCUGAAUGCCUGGCCUUAUCUUUCUACCUUUCCAUCUGUGUCUCCAGACACCUAAGGUUAUAGACAGGAAAAGGUUAUUCUGGUCCCAACUCUUUGGCAGGUAGGCAGCCCACAGGCUACUUCUUCAAGCAGGUCUAGUGCUUCUACUGGACAAAAGAGCCCAAUAAAGAGAAAUCAGAGAAAGCUCUGAUCCUGGCAUAGGCAGGAGGCAGAAGUGAGCAAACCUCAGGCCAUUGUGUAACCCCCAAACCCAAGUGCUGCCUCCUCCCUGACCUCCCUCAUUCCUUCUCAGACAGACAGACUAACCGACCAACCUUAGAGCCCAAACUGCUUUAUCUCCCUUCUCUCUGACCCUGGUUAGGGAGUGAGAGGUCAUCCAUUUCCGGGUAAAUCAACACAUUGUAUGCAAAACAAUGUCUGCCUGGUAAGAUCUGGGUGGGGAAAGGGGCCCGCAAGGAGUUUCUGUGUAGCCAAGGUCACAGGUCUCCCCAAGCCCUGACCUCAGCCCUAGGAAGAGGUCAGGAGCUGUGCAGAUCAUGAUCUAGAGACACCUUUACUCUGGCUCUGUACACCCGGGGCCAGGAGAGGGGUAUGUAAGGUAUGCACUGCCCAUUUCUCAGGCUGCUGCGUUUGCUUUCAAAGUAGAAAUCUUGCUCUUUGAGCAGAGUCAGCAGCUCCAACUCAGGCCGAUAAGGAAGCUCUCCAGGCAGAGCAGGGAGGAGCCUGACCUUGCAGGGUUCUUCUGGGGCCCAAGGCAGGUUGCAGGCGAUCCAGUCACAUGGGCUGCUCUGGGCCUCUAGCUUUUGUGUUUUUCAGCAUUAAAUGGCAGCAUUUUGGAAAGUA